AGCUCAAAGAAAUUUUUGUAAGUUAUUAUUGAAACUGUUGUAUUUUUUGUGUCGAGCUAUUAAAAAUAUUAAUUAUAAUUAAGUGAAUUUUAAAAGCCUCAAGAAUCGAUGGAAUGCAUUUCAAGUAUGUGUCAGCGGUUUACUUGGACUAUGCUUUUUUUGCUAGCAAUUAUUUUUCACAUAAAAACAACUGUAUCCCAUUCUGAUGGAUACUUUACCAUGACAGAUCAUGAUUCGCCCACGGUUUCGCCGAAAUUUUUAUCGCGUGGACAUUUAUAUAAAGUAAUCGUAGGCGAAACCAUAGAAUUACCAUGUAAAGUUCAAAACCUGGGAUCAUUUGUUCUAUUAUGGCGAAAAGGCUCUUCAGUUUUAACUGCUGGCCACUUGAAAAUCACCAGAGAUCAAAGAUUUAAAAUUGUUGGAGACUACAAUUUACAAAUAACAAGCGUUAAAACGCAGGAUGCAGGCGACUAUAUAUGUCAACUUGGGGAUCAAGAAAAUCGUGAUCAAGUCCAUACGGUCGAAAUUUUAGUACCACCAACACUUCGUGCUUUGCCUCAUAAUGGUCAAGUAACAGCUCGGAAGGGCAGCACUGUCACUUUAGAGUGCAAAGCUUCGGGAAAUCCAGUGCCUACAAUUUACUGGUUUAAAAAAGAUGUAUUUUCGGGCCCUACUCAUCUAUCGGAUAGCUCAACUUUAAUAUUGGAAAACGUAGAUAGACAUCAUGCUGGAAUUUAUCAAUGUUCUGCUGACAAUGGUGUUAAGGAACGAGUUUCAAUGGAUAUACAGCUAACUAUUUUAUCUCCACCUGAAAUAACUGUGGAAAAGUCCUGGGUGCAUGCAGCGGAAGGUCAUGAUGUGGAGCUUGCAUGCAUAGUUCAUGGCGAUGUAAACUCUGAGAUGCUGUGGUAUCAAAACUCGUUUUUAUUAGAUCCUACGGACAGGAGGGCAAUGCAAGCAAUUGAUGAUAAAUAUACCUUAAUAAUCAAGAAAUUUCAGCCAUCUGAUUUUGGAAAUUACAGCUGCGUUGCCGAUAAUGCAUUGGGAAGAACGAAAAAAUAUAUUGAAGUUUCUGGUCGUCCGGGCCCAGCGAAUUUCAUAUCUCCCGCUUUAAGUGGAUACCUUGAUCAUUACAAUUUAACCUGGACUAUUGAAUCCUUACCUCCACUUGACGAAAUAAAACUUUUAUAUAGACGACUAUUGAUGAAUGAAACGUAUCAGCACCCAGGGAAAUGGCAUGAAAAUCAUAUAAAUCCAACGUUAAUCCGAUUUGAUAACACUCAUUUCAUUAUGUCACAUGUAAUAAAAAAUUUGGAGCAUAAUGCGGUAUAUGAGGCCAUUGUACAAGCUAAAAACAAAUAUGGGUGGAAUGAGAUUAGUGACAUUCAUCAGUUUUACACCAGAAAUCACGACCUACUUCUCGACCUAGAUAUGGAAUACAAAAUGGGAAUCUCCAAUGGGACAGGAUAUUCGUCUGUAUACAUUGUUUUAAAGGGGGUAGCAACUUACAAACUUUGUCAUAUAAUUGGAUAAAUGCCUAGUAAACAUUUUGUCGCCCAAGAAAAAUGUAGAACAUUGUAUAAUGGUCACUUUGAAUCGUUAUCUUAAACGUUGGAAGAGCUGGUGUCGGAUUUUCUAAAUUAUUUGAGACGAAUGUCCAAAUUAUUUAUGAAAUAGAUCUUUCUCAACAAACCAAAUUUUUCGAAAGGCAAAAAUUAUUAUUGGGUAAUGGUUAAUACUAUAACUACUUAGAGAGAUUAAACAAGCGUCAAAUAUUACGCAUAUGCAGUCAAGGUAGGAUGAAGGUAGGCAUUUGAAUAUACGCACACAUUUCCGCCCAAGGUGGAUCUUUUAGAGGUGGUAGUAGUAGGCCAGCUGAUUUGUUUUUUUUUUUCGCCGUGGACCUGCGGAUGUUAGCACAUAAUUGAAUUACGAAACGUAUUAUUUAUGGUACAUCCAAAUUUGUAAUUUCAUAAUUGAAAUUUUGUAAUGAAUAUAAAUUCAAAAGGAUUUUUAUAAAAAAAUUAAGUAAUGAGAAAUUGCGCAAUUUGUUUAAAAAAAGACAAGAGUAAUCAGAACGGUUGAAGAAGUUCAGAUCAUGCCAAACACAACUUAAAGGCAAUGAUUUCAUUUGUGGGGACCACUUUUCACGUGCCGAUAUAGUAUGCUCAGGUACAAAGUCCAAAUUACUGACAAACACCAUUCUAUCGUCCAUCGUAUGAUUCUAUUUCUAACUGCAUGCCGGCCUUUGAACGUAAUAUUCCCGGCGACAAAGGUUUCUAUUUUGCACAAUCAAUUUAAUGAGAAUGCUUGAUAAUAGCAUAUGUGUAUAUUUAUAAAUGGCAGGCAAUGCAAACAUCCGAGUGUAUUUCUGCCAUGAAAAAGUUCCUCAUAAAAAAUAUCUGCCGUUCGGAGUCGGCUUAAAACUGUAGGUACCUCCAUUUGUAAAACAACAUCAAGACGCACACCACAAAUAGGAGGAGAAGUUCGGCCAAAAAAGCUUGU